AUGAACAAGAAUUGGGGCGACAGAGCCGACAAAGAUCUCUUCUUUACCAUUCUCUCGGUCAAGAAUAUCGGUGUCAUCAGUGGAUCAGAAUGGACCACCAUCGGGAAUCAUAUGCGCACCCUGGGCUACGGCUUUACGAAUGAAGGUUGUCGUCAACACUUUCAGGGACUGCGUAGGGCUCAGCACAAGGCCGAGUCCAAUGGAUUCUCGGGUGAGAAACCUAGGCAGGGCGACCCGACCCUCAAUCCCAUUACUCGCCGCCCCGGGCCAGGUCGUGGAAGACCCAAGAGGAUACCUCCUGUGCCCAUUGCGAGAGAGCCGGGGCAGUUGGACUCGGCACAACCACAGCCGGUACAAACACACCCUACACAGAUACCGAUGCAGGUACCAACCCAGAAUCAAGAUCACGCUUUGGAUGCCGUUACCGCUGCUGCUGUUGCUUCCCUUGCUGCCGCCACAGCCGCUUUACCGGAUCCUCAGCAACAACAUUCUUUGCCUGAGGCGAUACCGCUAGAUCAACAGCACUCUCAUCCUUCCUCUCCUCCUGCUGCUGCUGCUGUUUCUUUACCUCCGGCUCCGGCUCCGGCUCCGGCUCAUGCCCCUGCCCCAGGCCAUUCCGGCGAAGUGCCAGAAGAGCAACAUCUCACUCCUACCGAAGCACCAACAGAGACGCCAAUCUCAGAAGACGUGCCAGACCAUUCCCCUGUACCGACGAAUGAUGCUAACAGCCUGGAAAUGGGCAUCGAUGAAGACGAUGUCGGAGACGAGGAGCAGCCUACCAAACGACAGAGAUUAGAUGACUCUGCAGAAGACCUGGAUAAUUCUGCAGGGAUGGCUUUGGAUGACAGAAAUGUCGACCCCAUGAUCCAUGAUCAUGAUGACUUGCCACAGUAA